AUGAGAGAUCGACUCCAAGAGCUUAAACUAAAAGCUAAGAAACUACAAAUAGAUGGAGAAAAUAACAGUGCAACUGUGCAAGAAGAAGAGCAGGAGAAAUUUGAACAGCAGGCCAUUAUUUAUGAAAAAGAGCCCACAACUGAAAGGCACUUGCACGAAAUCCAGAAGCUUCAGAAUGAAAUUAAUAAUCUGGUGGAGGAAGUUCAUAAAUUCAGUCAACAACAAAAAAGCCUUAUAUCUUCAAUAGGAAGGUUCAGCAUUCUUAAAAAGGAAUCUAACAUAACAAGAGAAAUAAAAAUUCAAGCAGAGCACAUACAGAACUGUUUGGAUGACUUGUCAAAAACAGCAAAAAAGGCUGAAAAUGAACAUGGGCCAUCAUGUGCCACAGUAAGAAUUCUAGCUUCCCAGCAUGCUUUCUUGUCCCUGCGUUAUCUAAAUGCUAUGCUCUCGUACAAUGAUGCUAUAGCAGCUAAGCAAGAGAAAUGUAGAAUGUUUAUCACCCACCAGCUUGAAGUAGCUGGUAAAGAGUUAUCUGAGGAAGAAAACCACAUGCUCCAACAAGGAAAAUGGGAAAUUUUCAAUGAAAAUCUACUCACUGAAGUAAAAAUUACUAAAGCUCAGCUUUCAGAGAUCGAACAGAGACACAAAGAACUAGUCAAUUUGGAGAACCAGAUGAAAGACCUACAGGAACUUUUCAUCCAGAUCUCAGUUCUGGCAGAAGAACAAGGGGAGAUGAUCAACAACAUUGAAAUCUGUAUGAACAGCACUCAAGAAUAUAUUCAAGCUUCUAAUGAAACAUUUGAGCUUGCAGUCAAGUAUCAAAAAAGAAACCCUUGCAAAGCAAUAUGCUGCUGGUGUUGUCCCUGCUGCAAAUGA